GCAACAGUUGCUAAACAAAUCAAUCAAGCAGCCAUUUGCACCAGAGUUCUCCAAACUCAAGUUGGAUUUCGAUUUUAUAAUUUCAUUUUUUAUAUUUAGUCAUAAUGGCAGAUAUGCUUCCUGCCGAAAGCAUUUAUAAUCUUAUACCCCGAGAGGAGGUUAAAGUUACCAAACAGCCGAGACACACAUCAAAGUUUCGGGAAACUGUCAAAGAAGAAACCCAAAGGCACAAAGCGCCAAACAAAACCAUGGGACCAGUUAAAGUAGAUGUUCCUUCUCCAGAAAAGUUUUUGCAGAAACACUCAAAGGAACCAAAACUUGCUGACACUACUGAAGGUGGACUACUUGAGAAACCAUUAAAAAAGCUGUGUGAUGAUCAGAAGAAACCUCGAGUACCACUCAGAACCGAUCACCCAGUCAUGGGGAUUCAGACCAAGAAGAACUUCAUCAAAACCAACGCCGUUGAAACUAUUAUGUCAGUGCCAAAGAAGCCCCAACCAAACUAUGUGGACACAAGAAGAGGAGACAAGCAACUUCUUGACACUUCAGGGCUUGUUCCAAAAUUCACAAAUAAAAAGGACUAUGGACAGACUCCUGAAUAUCUGAUAAAGCGAAACGAAGAGGUGCAGAGGGCCCAGGAAGAGUAUGAUGCUUAUAUAAAGGAGCGGAUUCGACAAGGAUCAAUGAAGCAGCUCUCUGAUGAAGAAAGGGAUGCAGUUCUCCAGGGUCUAAAGAAGAACUGGGGGGAGCUCCAUCACCAAUACCAGGGCAUCUCUGUAGUCACUGACACAACACCAAAGAAGUACCGCAAGGAAAGACUGGAGACAGAGAUGAAACAGCUGGAGAAAGACAUUGAUAUGAUUGAGAGACACAAAACGAUCUACAUUGCAAAUAGAUGACUUUCCACAGGGUUCUGUGUUAAAUAAGUGUAAUCUUGUGUAAUAAUAAAUCAUACAAUCCAAAGUAAAUACAUUUUCUUUUAAAUAAAUGAUAUCACCUAU